AUUUUUGCACGUUGUAAAUAUUUAUUAUAAUGAGCAAAAUAUCAAAAGAAGCAUUUGAAUAUCUUAAUAAACUGAGGUAGAAUCCUUAGAUUGCUAUUCCAAAGUUAUAGGAACAUCUAAAAUUGUUUAAAGGGAAUAUUUUAUAUAAACCAGGCGAGAUUCCUUUGCAAACAAAUGAAGGACCUAAAGUCGUUAAUGGUUUUAAUUUAACUUAUAAAUAUAUCAGAAUGCAUUUCUUUCUUAUAGAAUCAAAAGCCUGUAGGUGUGUUGAGUUGGAGUAAAGGUUUGGAAUUCGCAGCUAGAGAUCAUGUAAAAGAUACAGGACCAAAAGGUGUUACAGGUCAUACUGGUACAGAUGGAUCAUCAAUGAGCGAUAGAGUAGAAAGAUAUGGUGAAUGGAAUAUGACCAUAGGAGAGAAUAUCAGUUAUGGUUAAUAAACAGGAGAAGAUGGUAGAAAUAUAGAUUAUAAUAUAAAGUAAUAAUAUAAUUGAUAAUUGAUGAUGGAGUGUCAUCAAGAGGUCAUAGAAAAAAUUGUUUUAAAUCAGAAUUCGGGACAGUAGGAAUUUUUGAUGGGGAUCAUAAAUAAUUUGGAACAUAAUGUGUUUUUGAUUUUGCAGGAGCAUAUGAAGACAAAGCAAAUUUAAAUGCAGGGGGAAAUUAAAAAUAAGAAGGAUAUCCAAAAAAAGAAUCUGGUCAAAGUGGUCCUUAGAUGUAAUAAAGAGAAUAAGGAGGAGGAUCUGCUAAAAGUUAAUCUAAAGAUCCUGAUGAAAAAAUUGUCAAAGAUGCUUUUGAUUAUUUGAACUAAGUAAGAUAAAAUCCUACUCUCGCAAUACCAAAAUUAUAGGAAUUGAUGAAAUUGUUUAAGGGUAGCAUACUUUAUAAACCAGGAGAGAUUCCAUUAUAAACAAAUGAAGGUACAAAAGUUAUUUAAGGUAUAAAUAAAUAAUAAAUAAUUAUUUAGAAUUAAUUGUAUUUUUGCAAAAAUAAUAGCCACUUCAUCCUUUAACUUAUGAAAAAGGAUUAGAGUAAGCUUGUAUUGAUCAUGUAAAUGAUACAGGUCCUAAAGGUGUUUGUGGUCAUACUGGUACUGAUGGAUCAUCUCUAUCUGAUAGAAUUGAAAGAUAUGGAGAAUGGAAUGGAAAAAUAGGAGAAAAUAUUAGUUAUGGAUAAAAGAAUGGAGAAGAUGUUAUUAUUUAAUUAUUAAUUGAUGAUGGAGUAGGGAGUAGAGGUCAUAGAAAAAAUUGUUUUAGUCCUGAUUUUUUAUUAGUUGGAAUAGCAUCAGGAGAUCAUAAAUAAUAUUAAACUUAAUGUGUUUUUGAUUUUGCAGGUGAAUUUACACCAAAAGGAGCUUAAGGAUAAAAGCCAAAAGCAUAAUAAUAUUAAUAGCAAGCUUAAAAUAUGAAAGAUUAAAUGAAAAAUAUGAUGUUAGGAGGUAAAGGAGGGAAUGUUGGUAAUUAUGCUCAUUAAAAUGAAGAAGAAGGUAUUAUUAUUUUAUUUCAUUUUAAUAGAAAAACUUCCUCCUGGAUGUGUUUCAGUUAGUACUUCAACAUAAAUUACAAUUAAGAAUGGAUAAAAAAGUACAAAAAUAACUAAAACAUAUAAAUUCAAGGAUGGAUCAACUAAAACUUAAGUUUAAAGUCUGACAGAAGGUUGA